AAGCUCAAAUACAGUAAAGCAAGUAUAAUAGCUCACGCUUCGGGGCUAGUUACCGUCAGGAUGGCGCUGGGAAUAGGAACAACACUUCUGCUGGCUACUGGAGUCACUCUUCUAAUUUACCUUGUGUCAUGGUGGAGAAGAGUAAAGCACAGCAAUCUCCCUCCAGGCCCCACACCUUUGCCCCUGCUGGGGAAUAUAUUGCAGCUGAGCACCACAGAAAUGCCCAAAGCCUUAUUGAAGAUAAGUGAGACCUAUGGACCAGUGUACACCUGCUACCUGGCCAACAUUCCUGUGGUUGUACUGGUUGGAUAUGACGCGGUGAAGGAGGCACUGGUAGAUCACAGUGAUGUUUUCAGCAACAGAGGAGAUUUGGAGAUGAUCACUAUGUUAUUCAAAGGUUACGGGAUUGUCAUGAGUAAUGGAGAAAGGUGGAAGACAAUGAGACGCUUCUCUCUAAUGACCUUGAGAAAUUUUGGAAUGGGGAAAAGAAGUAUUGAGGAAAGGAUCCAGGAAGAGGCUCAGAACCUGAGAGAGAAAUUCAUGAAAGACAAAGAAACCCCAUUUGACCCAACAUAUUUGCUGGGAUUGGCUGUCUCCAAUGUCAUUUGCUCAAUUGUAUUUGGGAAGAGAUUUGAAUAUGAAGACAAGAAGUUUAUGACCCUUCUGCAAUAUAUCAGGGAAGUCGUAAGCGCACUGAACUCUCGAUCUGGUCAGUUUUUGAGCAUGUUCCCAAAAUUGAUGAAAAAGCUUCCUGGACCCCAUCAGAAAAUGUUUAGCAAUUUGGAAAAGCUAAGGGUGUUUGUGAGGGAGACAGAGAAGUCCCACAGAGAAGUUUUGGAUGAAAACUGUCCACAGGACUUUACAGACUGUUUUCUCUUAAAGAUGGAAGAGGAUAAACAAAACCCAAACACAGAAUUUCAUGAAGAAAACUUGAUGGGAUCAGUACUUGACUUGUUUUUUGCUGGUACAGAGACUACAAGCAAUACUCUGAGAUAUGCUUUCAUAAUAAUGCUGAAGCACCCAGAGAUACAAGAAAAAGUCCAGAAAGAGAUUGACACCAUAAUUGGACAAGAUCGCCUUCCCUCUGCGGAGGACAGGAGCAAGAUGCCAUAUACAGAUGCCGUUAUACAUGAGAUCCAGAGAUUUGCUGAUAUUUUACCUGGAGGAUUAGUACAUGCUACCAGCAAAGACACUACCUUCCGGGGAUACCACAUUCCCAAGGACACCUUGGUGCUUCCCACACUAACAUCUGUCUUAAAAGACCCUAAUUUUUUCAAGAACCCAUCUGAGUUUGACCCUGAGCACUUUCUUGAUGAGAAUGGAGCCUUUAAGAAGAAUGAAGCCUUCAUGCCAUUUUCUGCAGGGAAGCGCAUAUGUGUGGGAGAAGGUCUGGCUCGUAUGGAGCUCUUCUUGUUUUUUACUACUAUACUGCAAAGAUUUACUUUGAAGCCUACAGUGGACAAGAAGGAAAUAGAAAUCACCCCAGAACCCAAAACCAACGCUUCAAGAGCUCGGAAUUAUAAGAUGUUUACUGUUCCUCGGUGAAGUACCCAUCAUGCACCAUCAAAGAUGGUAUCAACA